AUGGUGCUACGAAUCGGACAAACACUUCGUGGAACUAGGUGGAAUUAUCUCCUUGUUGAGUCGCUCAGAAACCACACUGCAAGCUCCACCAUCUUCAAGGCUGAGAUAAUACCGCGAGCUGAGUCUCAACUUCCGGGCAAAUGGGCUGUCAUCAAGUCGGCCUCCGAGAAGAAAGUCCUGGAUAUGCUGAAGCAUGAGCACGAUUGUUAUAUGAAUCCAGCGGUUCGCUCCUCUUCGCAUUUCCGAGCCAUGUACGAGGCCAUCGAUGCCCAUAGCAGCGCGGCGAGCGAAAGUCCGUAUUGCCUGGCCUUUGAGUGGAUUGUACGUACUCUGAAGGACGUGCCUUCCAAGUCUCACAGACAAAAUUCUGUGUUACACAAGAGUAUUUCUAGGGCUGUUCUGGGGGCACUUGCCGAUUUGAAGUCACAACACCUGAUUCAUACAGACAUCAAGAACGAUAACAUUCUCAUCUCUGGCCUAGACAGGCCAUCCCCAGUGGUGAAGCUUGGAGACUUGGGACUAAUGCGGUCGGAAGGCUUCAAUGAGUACCCCGUCCAACCGAUUGCGAUGCGCGCUCCCGAAGUAUGGUCAGGAAUAGGCUGCUUCCAUUGUUCCGACGUGUGGGCUUUUGCUGUCACGCUUUUCGACUGUAUUUCCCCCUUCGUGUUCGGUGCUAAUAACAUGCCCGAACGUCACUGGCCGCAUCCGUGGGCAAUGGCGAAGCUCUUGCGACUCUUUCCCGAUUCAGUGACGCCCCAACCCACCGACCGUAACUACCAAGGUUAUUUCAGGAUUGCCCGGCUGAUUGAGAAGUCGGGAUGUGGUGAUAACACGGAUCCGAAGUGUUUGGAAACUCUUUCAUUUGAAGAGGAGCUUGGCAAGUGGGAUAUAUCGCCUGCACUCGCGGAUUUUUUCCGCUACCUCUUCGUCGUCGAUUAUAGACGAAGACCUACCGCUAUAGACGUGCUGAGGUCGGAACAAUUUCAACGUCUUGGUUGA